AUGGCGCCUACUGAAGCUCAUCGCAUGGGCGCUACCGAGAUCCUCGCCAUCGGAGAGGAGACCAACUAUGUCCCGACCAUCUUCCUCACCCACGAACUGGGAAAGCCGACCGAGUCCCAGCAAUGGCUUUCACUGCUAACUAGCGACGUGGUAGCACUGUGGCUCGUUGCAUGUGAGCGAGCAAUGAAUUCUCGCGGCGUCAAAGCGAAGCGAAACAAAUGGAUCUUGCUGCUCGAGCUCUCAAAGCACAAGUUCGUCUCCGUGGAGCUGAAGAAGGCCGACUCAAACGGAAACACCAUCACAAUCUGCCGACCGUUUCCGCCGAAGAAAGUUCUCUACACGUAUGAAGGAAGCGUCACGCACUUCGAGGGUUAUGCUUUCUGUGUCAGAAGCGACGUCAAGUACCCGGCUACUCUGAACGUGUGGCUGGACCAGCUGGAGAAGAGCGGCGUCACUCGAUACCGACUCUCAAGCGACUUCGGUGAGUCCACCCCAUGGUACAAGCGAACAGGCCGCCGGUUCUGGAUCUGGUCCGCAAUGCGACAGUGGCAAUGCUUCCUACCCCAGAUCGUCCCCCACUGCAUGGAUAGCGAGAUGAAAAACGUCUGGGGGAGCGGAUACGUGGCGAUCGAGUGGGAGGAGAUCCAGAAGGAACUUCCGUACCCGGCACAGGGCAUCGAGCCCGGCGAUUUCCUGCCCACCAAAUGGCCCAUGAUGAGACACGAACGCCCUGGUUUCAACGAGAAGUCGACCAACCACCAACAGCGCUCAACGGAGCAGUCUCUCGACGAUCGACGGAGUCCAGGUGUGAAAUCGGUUGGCUAUACGCCUCGACCCUUCGCGCAGAGCCCCACGCGGGGCCGCGGGUACGGACAUCGUGGUGGCGGAACAUCUCGACAACUCUCGUUUUCUUCGAGAGACUUUAAUGCAUUUGCCGCUCAAUGCGUCGGCCCCUCGCUCAGGUGGACAGACUAUGCUGUAUUCGCCGCGCAAUGCGUCGCCUUUGGCUCAGGUGGACGGUGCUUAUGA